GAAACCAUAGAGAUGAGCUGCGAGAGAGAGCGGUCCAGAGACAUAAAGAAAGCGGAGCCGAGGCCUGAGGGUGCGCCUCCUAAUGGUAACAUGCAGCUCUACAUCCUAGGCUCCACUGUUGACUAGACACUAGUCCCACGGAAUAGGGAUGACCUGGUAGAGCAAAACACAAAAAAAUGUUGCCCCAUGUGCCCAAGUCUACACAAGAGUCAAAGAAGGAAGCAAGUAUUAAACUUUACACUCAUGAAUGGGGAGAAAAGCAAACUCUUGACCCACCUAAAGAAGACAGAAGGAAAAGCAGUGAUCACAUUGGUAGAUGUAGAGCAAAGGCUGACUGAAGGCUUAGGCAAAAGAUAUACAGCAAGUUGAAUUCUUUCAAAAUCAAGGACAGUUUUCUUUUGUUUAGCAUCAUUUGAUUUUUCUGCCUAUAUCACCAUCUCUCCUACUUGAAUAUAUGUUUGCCGUGAAAUGAAUGUUAUUAGUGGCCAACCGUGGACAUCUCAUAUUUUCAAACAAUCUAUACUGAUUAUAAAAGGCCAUAUUAAUUACUUCUAUUGCUUACUUGGACAGUUCUUAUGGCUGGCUGUGAGAGGCCCAAUUCUAAGAUGUAUCCCAAGAUUUGUACCCUACGGUGUACACAUCCUGUAUACAUUUCUCCCCUUAAAAGAAAACACGACUGUGAAUAUGAUAGAGCAUCACUCCUGGAAUUAGGUUAGCUUAUAUGACAAGGAUGUAAUUAAAGUCCCUAAUCAAUUAACUUUAAGGCAGUCAAAAAGGAGGUGAUUUAUCCUGGUGGGCUUCAUCUUAUCACUCUAGCCCUUUAAAUCAGGGCUAGAGGUCAGAGACAGAAUCUAAGAGAUUUGAAGCCACAGCACAGCUGUCCUGUUCACCUUGAAGGAGCAAACUGCCAUAUGGCAGGAAAUGGCAGGUGGACUGUAGGAGCUGAGAAAGGCUCCUGGGUGACAGCCAACAAGAAAGUGGGCACCUUAAUCCUACAAAUGCAUGUAACUGAAUUCUGGCAACAACUACCGAACUUGGGAAAGGACACACACGGAGCCUCAGAUGAGAUCGCUAACCCAGCCAACACCUUGAUUUCAGCCUGAUAAGACCCUGAGCUGAGGACUCAGCCAACUAGUACCUGGACUCAUGGAAUAUGUGACUGAGACAUGCAGAUGGAAACACGGACUGAAACUAAGGAGCCAAUUCAAGGCCGAUUUGUGUGUUGCACUGGCGUCUAAGUGAAGAUCAACCCAUUUGGAGAACAGAACAAGCAAGACCAACAGGUGAAUUUGAAGAAUGAUCAUGUUUGGGGAUGGAAGGAAGUGCCCGUGAAGGAGAGGAAAACAAACAGCCGGAGAAGAGAGUAAGACAGGCUCAUUUCACUAGUACAGCUCCUGGGGGAGGUGGUUAAGCUGUCUACCUGAGUUGCUCAGGUUCCGAGUUCCCAUCAUCCCUGGAUGGGUCUAAGUCAGCUCAGGGAGAAAAAGGACACAACAUUCUGAAAUGUCAGAGACCUGCCUGGUUUUCUCUUCUUCCCGCUUAUCCCUCCCAGCCUCUAUCCAACCCUUGGCUUCCCAACUCCGUAUUUAAACCCCGCCCCUGUUGAACCCUUCGGCUUUUCUUCACUCCCGGCUUCCUCCGUCACGUUUGGCCCGGCUCAGCCGCCGUGACAGGCCUUUGCGCAUGUGCAGAAGGGAAACGUGAAGAAGGUGAAGAUGGCGGUGGCCAGGACCGGGGUCCUGGGAGUCCAGUGGCUGCAAAGGGCAUCCUGGAACGUGAUGCCGCUGGGCGCACGGACAGCCUCCCACAUGACCAAGGACAUGUUCCCGGGGCCCUAUCCUAGGACCCCAGAAGAACGGGCUGCCGCCGCCAAGAAGUAUAAUAUGCGUGUGGAAGACUACGAACCUUACCCGGAUGAUGGCAUGGGGUAUGGCGACUACCCGAAGCUCCCUGACCGCUCACAGCAUGAGAGGGAUCCAUGGUAUAGCUGGGACCAGCCGGACCUGAGGUUGAACUGGGGUGAACCAAUGCACUGGCACCUAGACAUGUUCAACAGGAACCGUGUGGAUACAUCCCCCAUACCUGUUUCUUGGAAUGUCAUGUGUAUGCAGCUCUUCGGUUUCCUGGCUUUCAUGAUAUUCAUGUGCUGGGUGGGGGAGGUGUACCCCGUCUACCAGCCUGUGGGACCAAAGCAGUAUCCUUACAAUAAUCUGUACCUGGAACGAGGUGGUGAUCCCUCCAAAGAACCAGAGCGGGUGGUCCACUAUGAGAUCUGAGGAGGCUUCGUGGGCUUUUGCGUCCUCUAACUAGGACUCCCUCAUUCCUAGAAAUUUAACCUUAAUGAAAUCCCUAAUAAAACUCAGUGCUGUGUUA